UUUUUUUUUUAAGAUUUUCUUUGUGAGUAUUUGAAUCUAUUAUCAGUAUCGAUGGCAUCAUCUAGUAGUUCUGAACCGUCAUUGCGAAAAGAAGGGCGACCGGAUUCCCGAUCCCAAGCUCAAUCGAGCUGGAACAGGGUUGCUUAUAGUGGUAUUGAUACUCUCCAGUAUCGUACUGACCUUGUCAUCAACUCUCUCCCGGCCGAUUCGGACUUCAAUUCUUUCGCCAAGGAUUACUUUGACAACACAAAAAAUACUUUAGAGCUCUGUACUGCCAUUAGGGAUUGCCUCACACGUACUCAAAACAAUCACGAAAUUAUUCGGUUGGCCGUUAAGUGUUUCGAUGAAGAAGUCGGGACCGACGAGAAGAGAUCCGGUAAGACCUUGGAGGAACUGAAAAGGUUCAAAGCAGCCGAAGAGCCUUUCUUUGAGGAGUUACGUGUACUGGCAGGCAGGGUCCUUCGGCAACAAGAAUCGUUGCAACGGAAGUUUAAUGCUCGGAAGGGAACGCUUGAAAAGAAAUUGGCAUCACUGGAAACAUGGAGGAGGGUGUCGUUGGCCUUUUUUGUUGUCGCUUUUUUUUCCUUGUUGAUUUUUUCCGUGGUGGCGGCAACCAAGUCCGUAAAGCAUGUCAUAACAGCUUUGGGUAGUGCGUUGACGGUUGCUAUAGUUCCGGUCGGGACAUGGUGCAACGAGCGUUGGAAUCGGAACAAAGAAAAGGAGAAAAAGAAGCUGAAAUUAACUAAAACGGUGUUCUAUGCUGCUCUUACACCCAUCAUAAGGGUGCUUGUUGACCAACUGGAAGUUAAAUUCAAGUCACUGUCGCACUCCGUUGAUUCCGUGCUCACGGAAGGAUAUGCUUUGAAGGUCGCGAUAGAUAAGAUCAAAAAAGAUUUGAAAGAUGUUACGGACACCAUCCCGGAUGUGCUUCGACGGGCGGAUGACCUUGGCCGUGAAACAAUAAUGGAUUGGCGAGAGAUUUUGACGCGGAUGAUGGAGACGCUGUAGCACAUCUGUGGAAUUAUUUUAAUAUGUACAUAUAUUAGGUAUAUGCUUCACCUCAAUUUAGUGUUCGAUCAUUUAAUAAUAAAUCAAAUGUGUAUGUAUAUAUAUUUCCUUUUCUUACAUAAGAAAAUACAAGUUUUAAAUAUUUAUAAAAA